AUGCCAGAGCUGACGACGCUUAUCAGCUCAGGUGGUUCCAUCUUUGAGAUCAUUGCCGGUUUGCUAGUAUUGCAUAUGAUCUACCAAAUAAUUACGAGAAGAGCCACAGUCUACUUACUUGACUUCACUUGUUACCGAGCACCUGAUUCAAACCGUGUCCCAAUGUCUACUCUUCUCGAGACAAUCUUCCUCGAUGACAAUCUUGAUCAAGAGAGCAUCGAUUUCCAAGCCAGGGUUCUUGAGAGGUCCUGGUUAAGCAACCAAACCAGCAUCCCUCCUUCGCUGAUGGAAAUACCCCUCAAGAAAUGUCUCUCAGCGGUCCAAACCGAAACCAUGACCACUCUCUUCACCUCUGUUGAAGAUCUCCUGAUGAAAAACAAACUAAGCCCAAGAAGCAUAGACAUACUGAUAACAAACUGCAGUUUGCACGCGCCCACACCGUCUCUUAGUGCAAUGCUCAUCAACAGAUUCCAUAUGAGAAGCAAUAUCAUGAGCUUUAACCUCUCCGGGAUGGGUUGUUCGGCCGGGAUUCUAUCGGUCGGUUUGGCUAACGACUUGCUAAAUGUUCACCGAGGCUCUUUGGCUCUUAUUGUCAGCACCGAAGCGCUCAAUACGCAUUGGUAUAUAGGCAAAGACAGAUCUAUGCUUCUUACAAACUGUCUCUUCCGAAUGGGAGCAGCUGCGGUGUUGAUGUCUAGCAAUGAUCAUGACAGAGGAAAUGCAAAGUAUGAGCUCUUGCAUGUUGUUAGGACGAAUAAAGCAAAAGAUGAUCGAGCAUACCGAUGUAUCUAUCAGGACAUAGACCUUGAGGAGAAGCAAGGUGUGUCGAUAACCAAAGAUGUAAUCAGCGUAGCUGGAGAUAUGUUGAAGAUUAAUCUAACUUCGUUGGGACCUUUGGUACUACCUUACGUAGAGCAACUGCAAUAUGUGAUACAGAACAUUAUUUGCAAGAAACUAAAGAGUUCUUCGUAUACACCGAACUUCAAGACGGCGUUUGAGCAUUUCUGCAUUCAUACAGGAGGAAGAGCUGUGAUUCAAGCAAUGGAGAUGAACCUGAACUUGACAAAAGAAGACGUCGAGCCAUCCAAGAUGACUCUUCAUAGGUUUGGGAAUACUUCUUCGUCGUCCAUUUGGUACGCACUCUCAUACUUGGAAGCGAAACGGAGGAUGAAAAAAGGCGAUAGGGUGUUGCAGAUUGCGUUUGGAAGUGGGUUCAAGUGUAACAGUGCGGUGUGGAGAUGUAUCCGAGAUGUGGAGCCCGGUACAGAAAACAAAUGGCUCGACUUUAUUGAAUCGUACCCUGUAGACGUACCUGACUCGAUAAAAAUCAGACCGGGCUAA